AUGACCGCUCCAUCUGCUCAGACUCUUCAGCCAGGUGUCGAAAUGGAGUCAAAUCCUAGUCCCUCACUGCCUGUACGACGUUCACAUCACGUCUCCUCGAACUCCAAAUCGAUGCCCUCCACUCCCUUCCAGCGAAGCGAGUCCCGCUCACAUUCAAGAACCUCGCCUUCCCCAGAACCUCCGGCAAAAACCCAUUCUCCUCGUUCGCUACCAUCCGACAAGAGUCACACGCCACCUGCAGGUCGGAAGCAGUACGGAGGCUGUAAAUAUGAGACUGGUAUGCAAAGAGCACGGCGGCGUGUUCCCUACUCAUUGGGGGCAGACCCAUUGGAGAAGGAUAAGUCCGAGUUAAAGCCAAGGUUGACUCAUGAAGAGAAUGAAACACUAACGCAGGACAUGGAAAAGCUCUAUGCAGAACUGCAACCAACUGCCGAGAGUGAAGGGUGUCGGUCAAGGUUCAUCGAGAAGCUCGACAAGAUACUUCGCGGAAGAUGGCCUACGUCGUCUAUCGCAGUCAAUGUCUUUGGCUCUACCGGGAAUAACCUAGGCACUUCGGAUUCCGACGUCGAUAUCUGCAUCACCACUGACUGCAAGGAGAUGGAGCGAGUUUGCAAUAUCGCAGACCUCCUGGCGAAGCAUGGCAUGGAAAGAGUGGUAUGUGUCUCUUCCGCCAAGGUGCCUAUUGUCAAGGUUUGGGAUCCUGAAUUACACGUUGCUUGCGACAUCAACGUCAACAAUCCCCUUGCCUUGGAGAACACGCAACUGGUCCGGACGUACGUCAGUAUUGACAGCCGAGUGAGACCAUUAGCCAUGAUCAUCAAAUACUGGGCGAAGCGAAGGAUGUUGAACGACGCUGCCCUUGGCGGCACGCUUAGCUCGUAUACGUGGAUAUGUCUGGCCUUGAAUUUUCUGCAGACAAGAGACCCUCCAAUCUUGCCUACUCUGCAACAACAGCCUAACUUGCAAUCGAAAGAGGUCGCUGGAGUCAAUGUCUCAUUCGAUCGAAACGUGGACGCCCACAAAGAUUUCGGCAGUCGAAACAAGUCCUCUUUAGGAGAACUCUUGUUUCAUUUCUUCCGUUACUAUGGUCACGAGCUUGACUUUGAGCAAAGCGUGGUAUCGGUUCGGCUGGGUCGAGUGUUGUCCAAGGUUGAAAAGUCGUGGCACCUUCUCCAGGACAAUCGGUUGUGCGUUGAGGAACCUUUCAAUGUGUCAAGAAACUUGGCGAACACCGCGGACGACACCUCGAUGCGAGGCAUACACCUGGAGUUGCGGCGGGCGUUCGAGCUGUUAGGAGAGGGCAAACUGACACAGUGCUGCGAACAAUUCGUCCAUCCUCCGGAUGAGAUCAAGCCCUUAGAGCACUUCGUGCCGCCGUCAGCGCGGCCCGUGAUCCCGCAACCUCCAAACCAGUCGCAAAGAGGAGCUCGGAAUGCGCCCCGGGGUGGGAACAGGAAUUUAAGUCAAAUGAGCCGCAAUCCCCGACGGUCUUCAAAUCCCACCACGCGAAAUUCCAACUACGUGCGCAAUCCUCCAUUUCACAUGACAACCCAUGAGCUGCAGCUGCAACAGCAGCACCAGCAACAUCUCCUGCACGACCAGCUCUUCCAGCAAUAUCAGUACCUCCAGCUUCAAGAGCAGGAGUUAAGAAUGCAGCUCUAUCAACAGAGUCUGCGACAAAGAGGAUUGAUGGCGGCUUAUAAUCAACCUGCGGGAUAUAGUCAAUUUGCCUCGCAAGACGACAGUCUCGAUUUUGGAUCCAAUCAACCAGUCAAUGGCAUUGGUCGAGCUCCCCUAUCAGCACCAUUAUACCAGCAGGGCUUCUCUCGAUCACCCUAUCUGUCUGCAAGCCAACCAAGCCAGGGUGUUGCAACCAACCCUCCAUCACCGAGACUUAGUGCUGGGGUUCCAGACACUCGAAGGUACUCUCGGCGAACGUCGGUGACACAAACAUCUACAGGAGGUUCCUUGCGAGCUCAGUCGCAGCCUGCACGGGCUGUCCCGGUCACUUCUUUGGGGCAUUUGCAGCGACCGGAUCUUGCAAGCCUUCAGGAUUCCUCUACCGGACGAAGGUCGUCUUCAUCGUCUACGUCACAAGAACCGUAUAUGGGCUAUAUGGAGAAUGGUUAUGGUACCAUGGGUUCAAUCUAUGAUCCAGUACGGAGGCCAGCAGAGUAUCUCGGAUAUUAUGUCGGUCAGUCGCCUUCAUUAUCGGCUUAUACCCAGAGCACUGCAAUCUCUCCCAUCCCCUCACAUGUCGGCCUCGCUAUCCAGAAUGGAGGCCUAUCACCACGGCUUGCUCCAGCAUCCACUCGUCCCUCUGGAACGAUGCACACGCCGCCGCUGCAAACGAUCUCUACUGCCUCGGUCGAAGCGCAAGCCGAACCAGAGCAGGAGUCGAGGAAUGGUGAGGGCAGCAACAUCGAAUCCGAUCCACCAAAGCCCAGAGGGGGCCCGCUCAUAGUGGACGGCUCGAUCAAUUCGCCGCUCCGGAGGCGCACCACACACUCAUUCAACGAUCCUGAAGAUCAAAUCAAUUUCAGCGCAUCGACAUCGGAGGACCUAGCCUUUGACACCCCAUCAAGCUCAGACGAACAGUCUCAAGACGCUUUCGAGUGCAACGCACAGGGCCAGAUUUCGCCAAUCAGUCCCAGUGGGCUUCGCAAUCAUAUCCAGCAUGCAAACGGUGCUACUCCAGAUUUUGCAAAUGGAUAUAUACCCUCAAAAGCCACGGCAAAGAGUCCGAAGGAAGGGACGCAGGAUCAAGCGGUCAGGGUGGGGGACACGGUGGGAAUGAAUAUCCUUACUAAUAUGAAGAAGGCGGGCGGCCAAGCUUGGUCACUUGAUCGGCAACUUUCGUCCGUGGAGGAGGUACGCACGCCUUCUCCUAGAGUUGAGAAAUUUAACGGGGAGAGUUCUCUCCCAAAGGAGGGUAAGGGCCACUCCGGCCAGGAUGUGCCCUCAUCCAAUGGUGAGACGGUGUUGGUGAAUGGUGAGGAUCGUGAUAUUGCGAGACCGCUUGCAACCAGGACCAACGGCACUGCAGCAUCUUCAAACCAGGGAUCGAAUUCAGCACCGAAUACCAGCGGAUCGAGCGCCUGGCAAACACAAAAGAAGAAGAAGAAUAAAAGAAAGACGGUCAAGUCGGAAAAUGAUGCGCAGACGUCGAAUCUUUCCGUGGGGGAAACACUCCCUGCCGACGAGUCCCUACGGAAAGGCGGCUAG